GAGCUAAUGCUAGCUUUGUAAAGAUAAUUAGCUAGCUACCUAGCGAAAUAGUUGGCUAUGCUACGUAGUUUGCUAGCUUAUUUUAAAGUCAAUUUAGUUAGGUAGUUAGUUCACCCCGGUCGUAGAAGAUGAAUGUGAUAUUGCUUCUAACAUCUGGUAAAGUUAGCUAACUAGCUACUAGUAACCAAAACAGUCACUGAAUCAGGAUACUAGUUAGUUAGAUUUCAGUGUCGCUUCAAUGCAUCAACUUUAGUUUACUUAUGGAGGAGAAGACUGUCAUAUCAGAUGUUGUUUAUUGUGCACCUUUCCAUAUACAUAAUUGCAACGUGACCUAUCACAAAAUGAAGAAACUGCAAUUAGUAAACACAAUCUGUGUUUAUGCUGUGCAUAUUAUAAGACAUGUUAGGCUGGACACAUUACAUUUUUAACAAUACUUUUUCUGAUAAAAACGAGUUCAUUGCAUCCGCCGUGGAGCCCAGUUUCAUAAUAUUACCAUCUGUUCCAACUGCAAGUAGCCGUGAAAAAACUGGCCUUUAUUUUAGGGCAUUUUUCACCCUGCCAGCUCUUAUUAGUUCUAUUGAGCACAGUGGCACCAACUCACCAUCCGAACGUUCUAUUCCCAGUUUACUGUUCUACGUCACAAGGCCUGCUUCGCUAUUGUUGACAAUGAGACCUGUCCACGUUGUUUGUAGUUAAAAUGUAAACAACAAAACAUUACUCAUGAAACUCUGAGGUCGUCCCAUUGUUUACUUUAGGGAAACAUAGUGGGAAGCCCUAAGUAGUUCACAAGACCUCCUAGGAAGUGAGCUGGAAGGAAAGAAGGAAGGAGCCAGGUUGCGAAAACAGAUGAAAGAAGAAGCAACGAUGUCGGAAGAAGGGGCAACGGUGUUGGAAGAAGGGGCAACGGUGUUGGAAGAAGGGGCAACGGUGUUGGAAGAAGGGGCAACGGUGUUGGAAGAAGGGGCAACGGUUUCGGAAAAAGGGGCAACGGUGUCGGAAAAAGGGGCAACGGUGUCGGAAGAAGGGGCAACGGUGUCGGAAGAAGGGGCAACGGUGUCGGAAGAAGGGGCAACGGUGUCGGAAGAAGGGGUGAUGGAUGCCACUGGUACUGGUAGUGAAGAGGAGUCAGGUGAAGCCUUGUCUAAUGGCAGCCCCAUACCACCUAAGAGGGGAAGGGGUAGGCCCAAAGGAUCAGGCUCCAAGAAACCCAAGAUACUGAGGGUACUAGACAAGCGGCCACGGGGAAGGCCACGUAAAGUGGUUGACCCUAAUGCUGUUUCAGCAGAGACAACUGCACCUUUGAAGCGUGGCCGGCCCAAAAAAGUUCAACAACAAAAAAAAAGGGGUAGACCGAGGAAGAACCUGCUGUCAACCGAGGAGGAAGAGGAGAGAAAGAUACCGAAAAGCCAACCUAAGGGACCUAGAGUGUGGAAGCCGCUCGGAAGGCCGCGCAUCCAUCCCCGCGUGGAUCCCCCCGCCUCACCCACCUCUGCCGAGCCACGGGGAAGAGGCCGUCCACGCAAGGCAAUAACAGGUAAAGGUGCCCACUUACGGAAAAACCCACCUCCAACUUCUAAAGUUUCAAAGCCCCCCGCUAAAGAUGAUUCCCCGCGAAAGAGGGGCCGCCCCUUAGGCUCCUUCAAAGCCAAGAGAGCAGCAGAGAAGGAUAGGUCCAGCAGUCCACCCUCAGCCAAACAGGGGUGUACUGUUUCUCCAAUAGUAAGGCUUUACCGCUGCUCCAACGGUAAAGCAAAUGUGUUAGAUGAAGCUGCCUUCCAAGCCCAGAGGCAAAGAGGCAGGAGAAAGACUAUGGAAGUUGAUUAUACAACUUAUGAUUCAGAGGAGGAAAAUGAAGAUGCAGAGAGAAAUGAGGACGAAGUCUUUUCUCCAGUAGAAGAUGACGAGGAAGAGGAAAUAAAACUACGCGAUGGUCGUGGCAAGGCUAGUAAACCCGGUAAGGUAGCGGCAGCCAUUAAGAAAAAAGUAGUGGUUGUUCCUAAGAGGCGGGGUAGAAAGCCUGGCUCAAUCAAAAAGGUUGUAAAGUAAAAGGAACCUAGGUGGAGCAGACUGAACGAGACAACUUGUUGCCGGGAAACACAAAAUAUCAGUAGCAUCUUGCAAGAUGAACGGACAUGUUUUUAACAUUUUAUUAUCUCUUAACCAACUCUUUCUUGUUUUCUCAACUAACCUAUGUGUCUGUUUGCUCUUGCUAUUAUUUUUUAUGGUUUGAUGCCUUUGUGGAAACCAUGUGAAAAAACAAGUACUUUUUGUACUUCCUUGGUCAUCCAUAGCUUGAAUGAUGUGAAGACAAUUUCAUUGACAGUUGUUAAUCUUGUAUUUGUCUGUUCAGACUUAUCCCAUUUAGAUUUUUUCACCGGUACUGUCAUUGAUACAGUUUCUAAUUCCAUGCACAUCCUAUAGUUGAUGAUAUUCUCAUUGAGGUUUGUUAAUCUUGUAUUGGUCUGUGCAGAUUUAUCCAAAUAAGAUAAAAUGGUUUAAAUCAAUUGAAUCAGUUAAGUAUUUUGUUUUUUGUCUUAUCUCUCCUUAAGCUCUGUAGUUUUCGAAUUGCUAAUGUCUUGUAAUUUUAUUCGCCUUAAUUGCCAAAGCUUUGAAUGUAACAACUUCCCCUUCCCAGCUAUCUUUGUUUUGAGACAGAUGUUGUUAGUAUCACUAUCAUGGCACCCGUUUACUUAUAAAGUGCACUACUUUUGACCAAAGCCCUAUGGACCCUGGUCAAAAGUAGUGCACUAUAAAGGGAAUAUGGUGCCAUUGGGGACGGUACCAUAAUCAUAGUUGUGUUUUCUUUCACUUGGUUCAUUGCAUACUUCACCUUGUGGAGUCAGGACCGUAACUGUAAACUUCCAAUCCAUCAUCCUUAAGAUUUCUCUCAGAAGAUGUAUGGUUAUUGACUAUUGUGAUGGUUUUGUUUGCCAGUAUCAUCCUUGUAAUUCACUCAACAUCACUCCUCACAGUUCUUUUUAAGACUUACUUUUUAUCUGUCAGCUCUUUUUACUUCUUUUUUUAUCACUUGGCUUUCAUCUGAAGUGGAUGGUUUGGUUUCACAGACUCUGGGUGAUGUUGUGGGUAAAUGUUGUUUAAGAUUGUAUGUUAAACAUGUCUUCAUCUAGUCUGGUAUUUGUUUAUUUAAUGAAUUAUGUGCUGGACCAUGAUAUCAACAGUACAUACUGCAUUACAAUUUCGUAAAUGAUGUAAUAUAAAAAUAGUAAUUGAGGUACACAACAGAAUCUAUAAUUUGUAUGAAUUCAUGUUCCUGUGACCAAAGCUUGUUAGUUUCAUGUUUUCAACUUGGUCUGUUCUUAUUCUAUGUUGCUUGGAUUAAUACAAUGUUCUUGGCUUGUAACAAUGUUUUUGAAGAUGCAGUUAGAACUAUAGAGAUACAUAUGGUACGUUUUACCUAUGUAUUUAUCUCUGUGAUCAGAAACAGGUCUGUGAAACCUCCCCAAUAUUCAUUUGAGGGUAAUGUGAAUUUCAGUUUUGUUAGAGAGAGCAAAUAUUUAGAACGUUUGCUGUAAUAAAGUGAAAUGUCAAACUUUGUUUUUUGUUGAUGUUUUUUAAUCUCAAUAAAAACAAAAAUAUGACUUA